AUGAACAUCUUUGAAAAUAAUGAUUUGAUCUCUUAAAAUCAUACCAUUUCAUAGAUUUUCGAUCAUGUUUAAGAGCAAAUAAAAAUACAACAUUAAGAAAUUCAACAGAUACAAUUAUAGAGAUAAAAGACAAAUGAAAAAUUAUAAAAACAUCUUGAAAAGCUCAAUUAGCUAGUUUAACGAAUAAUCGAUCAAUAAGUUAGUUAAUAAAAUGAAUCAAAAUAAAAUCUCUCUAACCAGUAAUACAAAUAUGAACUUAAAAUGGAUUAAGAUCUAGAGCUUCCGUGUUAUAGAAACAGAAUUUUUUAGAUUAAACUUAGACUAGUUGAAAAUGAUAAGCUUAUUUGCAAUGCAAAUAAUCUCCUUGUGGAAUUGUAAAUGUAAAAAAACAUGUUAUUUUAGAUGGACCUAUGAUAAAAUCCCAAAAAAACUUACUCACAACAACAAAAACUAAUCAAUAUACAAAGGGUGCUAACAAACCAUUAUUAAAAAGGGCUCUGGAUGUCUAAACAGAAUACAGAUUAAGGAAGUUUCUUCUCAUUUUCCAAGGGGAGUACUAUAACUUAUUGUACUUCCAAUUGAGGAUGGUGCUGUUAUAGGAAAUGAAAGGUAUUUAAUAAUAAAUAUAGAUAGUAAAUUGCUCAUCAAAAAAGAAUGGAUCAAGCCAUUAAUUAUCAAUGAUGUUUCGAUAAAGGCAAAAAAAUUUUCAGAUAGACACAACCCUUAUUUUGCAAAAUCAGAUGGUACAAUCGAUGUAGUUGAAUAAAAUUGA